AUGCCGCUCCGCCGUCGUUACGCCUUCAGAGGUGGCGGAGUAACAAUCGAAGAAUUCGAUGAAGAAGACGAACCCGAUUACGACGAUGAAGAAGAAGCAGAAGACACCGAAGAAGAAGACGACGACACCGAGGAAGAAGAUGAAGAAAGCCAAAUCAGAGUACAUACAUCUGUGCCACACGCGCCCAUGGCUUCUCAGGAGGAGAGUGAGGAGAAAGAGAAGCAGAUAAGGUCAGCAGAAGGAGUUUGCUCGACUUCAGGAUCGCAGGAGGAAGAGGAAGAUGCGGCGUGGAAACCUAGCGAGGGUGAGGGAACGUCUUGUUUGAUUUGUAUGGAGGUUUGGACUAACGGCGGCGAUCAUCAAGUCUGCUGUCUUCCAUGUGGGCAUUUGUAUGGAUUUUCUUGCAUCAAGAAAUGGUUAAAGCAGCCAAGAAGUGCAGGAAAGUGUCCCCAAUGCAACAGGACAUGUAAUCUUAGAGAUGUCCGUAAAAUAUUUGCAUCGAGGAUUGCUGCAGUAGAUGAUGACGCGCACAAGAGAAUCUUAUUCCUCGAGAGUAAAUUAAAUUCAAUCGAACAGAAGAGUGCUAGUUGGAGUAGCAAAGAAGCUCAAUGGAGAAAACGAGAAGCAGAGCUACGAUCAGAAGUUAAUAAGCUGAAAAAGAAGAUAGCUUAUAUGGGAAGCACGACUAAUGCUGCACUGAGAGAGUCUAACGUGGCUUCUCAAGAGAAAUAUACGCCUGGUAAUAAGAUCUACCAAGAACAGAAUGGACGUGCGCCUUCUUGCAGCUUCAGGCAUCAGGGAGAACGGCUAGUUAAUGGUGGCCGUUUAUUUGACAUAGAUGGUGGUACACAGAUUUUAUUAUUGGCUCGUAGGCUCUCAGGCGUUGGUGGAACGUUUGUGCUUUCACAAAUGAGCCUACAUUCGGGUGAGAUUGAUGACAUUAUGCUGCCUCCUACCACUAGAGCAAUAAAAGAUCUUCACAUCUCCCCACACAAUAAUGGGCUUGCAGUUUUCGGCUCUCUAGGAAAAAAGUUAUCUGUUAUAAGCUUGGAGAGCCACAACACUGUCUUAUCUUAUGAUCUACCGGCUGCACCUUGGUCUUGUUCUUGGGAUCGCAACAGCUCUCACCAUAUUUAUGCUGGACUACAGAACGGAAUGGUUUUAGUGUUUGACAUGCGUCAAACCAUGGGACCAUUGGCAUCGUUUGCUGGCUUAACAAGCAAUCCAGUUCAUACUAUCCAUCAUCUCUCUGCUAACUCCACUCCAAGUUCUGAUGUGUGUUCUCUCUUGUCCGCUUCUUCCAUCGGGCUUUGUCAGUGGAGCAUCAAUGGCAGCGAGGGAAGGCCAUCACUGGUUUCAGAAACUGGAAACCCAGGAGUUUGCAUUUCUUCCUCAUACUGUCCUCAGAGCGAUCAUGUAGUUGCUUCUUAUAGACCAAGAGUUGGAUCUUCUGACGAUACAGUCUCUACUCAGCCUACGUUGACACAAACAGGAGCUAACACCAUCGGUGUAGAUGGAUUCCAUGUUUGUCUCAAGAGACGAGGUUUUUGUUUUCAGAAGCUUUCAUCCACACAUGCUUCCGUAGCUACCAUCCGUUUGCCAAGAACAGCGAUUGUAGACUUUGGCGAGGGAGGAAGGAAGCAGGUUUUUGCAUCUUGCGAGGAGUCCACUCGCCAGCUCGUCUUGCAAGAUCCUUCGACUUUCGCCGUCUCUCAACGGUUCUCAUUGGCGAGUCAUCAUCCGCUUCAGGACGUGAAGUACGCUAACGUGAAUGGUUACACUCUGCUCGGUCUCUUAACCGAUGAUAGAUUGCAGCUUCUUAGGAACGAGCAAACAUACAUGUAAAGAGGCUAACUUGUCCAUCGUUUGUAUCUCUAUCUUUUGGUCUUAGGUGCAGUCUAAGUAGCCAUUACUUUAUAUAUGUAGACAUGGAUAAAUUGCUGGCAAUGUAGUUGUAAAUACGAGUUAAUUAUAAGCUUUUGAUCA